UUAAAACAAGGAGUAGUGCUACUCUCCAUUCUCCACCAGAACUUCUCCGGUCCCAUCUUCUUGUUCGAUCUUCUUCCAUGUCUGAUCAUCAUCAUGAACCUAAAGAUCUUUACUACCAUGACCUAUUUCAGUAUGAUGAUCAGGGACAACUUAAUGGCGGAAUGAUCAUGAACAACGCUAAAGUUUCUGGUUCAUCGAUAUCAUCCCCAGCUUACAAUAAUCUAUUACAGGGGUUUGAUGUUUCUUCAUACAUGAACGCCGGCUACACAGAGUACAACUCACUCGCAACGGCUUUCGGCUUGUCGUCUUCAACCUCCGAUCAUGAUGUAUUUUCCUCCAUUGAUGAAGGCAACCAUCAAAAACCUGCUGAUAAUCCCGGAUACUUAGGUGGUGGUGGAGGAGGUCAUGCUAGUAGCGAUGGUGAAGUUCUUGUGACGCCAAACUCCUCAGUAUCUUCUUCUUCAGGUGAGUCCGGCGCCGAAGAGAACUCUGGUAUCAAAAACAAGAAAGAUAGGCAGAUCCCUAAAGGGUCUUCGGAAGAAGGAGGAGAUGUCCAUAGCCCCAAGAAAUCGAGCAAGAUAGUGAAGAAGAAAGGAGAGAAAAGGCAAAGAGAGCCGCGAUUUGCUUUCAUGACCAAGAGUGAGGUUGAUCAUCUAGAAGACGGAUAUAGAUGGAGGAAAUAUGGUCAGAAAGCUGUGAAAAAUAGCCCAUACCCAAGAAGCUACUACCGAUGCACGACGCAGAAAUGUGGGGUGAAGAAGAGGGUAGAAAGGUCAUUUGAGGACCCGUCGACGGUGAUAACCACCUACGAGGGGCAGCACAACCAUCCGAUCCCGGCGACUCUUCGAGGAAGCAUCAACAUCAAUGCGGCUCACCACCACCAUGCAUUCUUCUCUCCUUCGUCAAUGUACGCGUCUGCUGCGGCGACGACGUCGUCUUCGGGUCCUAGCUUUCCUCAGGAGUAUUUGUUUCAGAUGGCGCAGCCUCAGAUGAUGAUGAUGAGAAACGACGGAGGUGGAGCCGGCGCCGGGGUUUAUUCGUCGAGAAAUGUCAACGUUCCUCAGCAGUAUCAUCAGUUAUCUACAGAUCAAUAUGGACUAUUGCAGGACGUGGUUCCCUCCAUGUUUUUUAAACAAGAACCAUGACCUAGGUAGCUACGUGCCUCAGCUCUCUCUCUCUCUCUCUAUCAUUGUAGAUAUGAUAAAUUGCUAAUUACUAGCUUCAUGAUCCUGGAUUGAGUUAAUUAUUAGAAUAUAGAUAUAUUAUAAAUUAUUCACUACCUCUGAUCAUUUCAAUUAUUAGUUAAGAUCGUUAAAUAUAUAUGGGUGGGACACUAGUAGGUAGCACGAACUGUAUUAAUUACAACACUGAAUGCACGGCAAGAGUUCGACGUACUCUAGCUCUUGCCAAAAUUUAGAGUUGGAUUCAAAUGAUCAGGAGGUGGUCGAUAAGGUUGUCCUGCAAAGUGGUAGUAGGGCGCGAAAUACCCGGAUGCAUGUCGACGGCCGAUCGGCGCAGCACACUUCCGCUACGAUUGCUUUCCAAUGACCCCUGCUUCGAAUGGGAAGAGGAAAGAUCGUGUUUUAUGAUCUCUACAGGAAGAUUUUUUUUUCUUUGAUUUGAAGGAAACUUGCCAGCUAGUUAUGGAUGUAUAAUUCAAAUGGUUUUGUCAGGGGAGUGUGGUACGUAUUCUUUAGUUUCAGCUAGACUACGUACGUACUUAUCGAUAUUGGUUAGUACAUACGUAGCUCGAUCGGUGCUUGUAAUUCAAUCUACUGCAAAAGUUGGCUUUGUAUG